CUCGUCCUUGGAAAAGAGCUUUUUGGUCCCCAGCGUCCCGUCCCAAAGUGUGUUUGGUUUUACCGCACGGGGUUGUCAGAGGAUUUAGUGAGAUCCUGGUCGGAAAGCCCAGAGCACAGCGCCGGCUACAGACUCCCCCGCAGCACGACGAUCCAGGCUCUAGAAUCCCAGCAGAGAACUCGCGGAGGAGUGGCUUGCGUGGAAGAGUGUGUGUCCUGGCUCCUGCAUUUUACUUAAAGCAACUGGAGCGCAGCGAAGGAGUGUGCUACUGUGCCCUCUCCAGCACGUAGUGUGGCAUCCUGCACCCGGAAGGAUGCACUAGAGAUGUUAACUGCCUCUCAUUUCUUCCAUUGAUAGUUAAUAGUGCUCCCCUUUAACAAUACUUUAUUAAGGUAUGAUUUUUCAUACAGUAAAGUGCACAAAUUUUAAGAGGUACAGAUGAGUGACUUUUUGCAUAUGUGGCCACCACCCAGAUGAAGAUCGAGAAUAUUAUUAAGAGCCCGAGAAAAUUCCCUGAUGACCCUUUCAAGGCAUUAAUUACUACUGUCUUCCCUGCCUGCCAGAGGGUAUCAGCAUGGAAGCCAUGAAUGAGAAUAAAAUGGUGCCCUCUGACUUUAGCACAGGACCUAUGGAAAAAACUUCCAAACCUUUGCCAUUUAAGGAUCCCAACUUUGUGCACUCUGGCCAUGGUGGUGCAGUAGCUGGCAAGAAGAAUAGAACCUGGAAGAACCUGAAACAAAUCCUCGCUUCUGAAAGGGCAUUGCCGUGGCAACUGAAUGAUCCUAACUACUUCAGUAUUGAUGCUCCUCCAUCCUUCAAACCAGCUAAGAAGUAUUCUGAUGUUUCAGGUCUUCUUGCCAACUACACUGACCCCCAGAGCAAGCUGCGGUUCAGCACCAUCGAGGAGUUUUCCUACAUUCGGAGGCUGCCCUCUGACGUUGUCACUGGCUACCUGGCCCUGCGGAAGGCCACAAGCAUCGUGCCCUGAGCCUUGAGAAGUGGCGAUGAAGUGGAAAACUUUCCAAGCCAGACUUGGAUGCACAGUUUUGUUUCAUGGAAACGCUCAUUCUGCUGUCAGUCUGGAAAUGUCAGCGCUGGGCCUUGGAAAGAAUGUUUGGCUUUAAGGUGUGUGUUUUUUCUGUGUUUUCCCUCCAAGUGUGAUAUUUCCUGUUGAGUUAAAUUAUAUUUCACUUGUUGCCCCAAGUAAAGGCAUUUGACAAGAAAAUAGGAAA